UGUAGGUGCUCAGUGCAGUUUUUCUUCUGGAGCUGACGGUGUUUGGAGAGAAUUGCUGGUUCGUAGCAGGAAUAUUUGUCGAGAAUGGAUGGUGGAAAGUUGGGCUGUUGGGUGUUUGCCCUGGCAAUUGCCCUCAUGGUGCAGACUUCACUGAGUCAAACAGAAACAACAACUGGGCCCACCAACACCACUAGUACUGGAGGUAAUGGUGGAGGUCAGGGCAGUGGGCAGGGUGGCUCGUGUGUGGGUGGAGCGUCCGACACCGCGGACUGGGGAGCCUGGCUCAGGUGGCGCAGUGGGGAGAUACUGUACGCCAUGAACUACACCAAUGCCACAAGACCUGGAGAUCCCAACAACCGCUGGAUUGAUGUUUCUGUGGGCGUCCGUCUCAGCAACAUCGGGUCCCUGUCUGAGUCAUCCAUGCAAUUUGAGAUGAGUAUUGACCUGUUCCUGAGCUGGUUUGACGACCGCCUGGCCGGUAUGUCCAGCCACAUGACUCCUGUACCAGGCCGGCAUCUCUGGAACCCUGUGUAUGCCAUGGGGGAGAAGGUGGACCCCCUGUGCUCUGACGAGGGCUGUCUCACACAAAGUGACGACCAGAUCUCCACCUGGCUCUGCCCUGAUGGAAAUGUGCACCACAUCGCAAAGCAGGAUGUGAAGAUCACCUGUGCCAUGAACCUGCGCUUCUAUCCACUGGACAAGCAGGAGUGCACCUUCGAGAUCCAUGGAUACGACAGCAUGCGGUUUGUGCUGAACCCCAGUUUCCAGUGGGUGGUGCCGGGCGUUCCCGUGGUAACCGACGCCACGUCUAUCCACUCCCAGUUCGAGGUGACCCAGGUCGACUUCCAGGCCAAGUACAACUCCUUCCUCUCCAGCGUCCAUCACUGUUCCUACCAUAAGGGAUCCUAUGGCUAUGUCACUGAUGCCUGCACCAAGCAGUGUGAGAACUACGGUGGAAGCAAGCUGUCAGGAGCAGAAGAUCCAUGUGACGACACCAACAAAGGAAGCCCCAACACCUACACAACCCUGGCCAUCACCAUGUACAUGAAGCGUCGGCUGUCCUACUACAUGAUGGAGAUCUACGUGCCCAGCAUCACCAUCGUGUGCCUGUCCUGGGUCGCCUUCUGGAUCAACCGCGCCGCCGUGCCGGCCCGCGUGGCGCUCGGCAUCACCACCGUGCUCACCAUGAUCACACAGAGCACACGGGUGGUCGACAUGCCACAGAUCUCCUACGUGCGUGCCAUCGAUGCCUGGCUCCUGGCCUGCCAGUGCAUGGUGUUUGGUGCCCUUCUGGAGUAUGCCAUCGUCAACUACUACGAUCGCAAGCAUAAGCCCAAGACCGCUGCCGCCGCCCCUACCCACCCUGUGAAGGUGGUGAGGCUCCCAAACCCCCCCAGCGAGAAGGGGGUCAUAAACGGCAGCGGCGAGAAGGGCUCCAUGAACGGCCACACCAAGCCCGCCGAGCCGCCCAAGAAACCCAAGAACCCGGAGGACGAGGGGAUCGCUGCAAUCAUCGACAAGGCCGCCCGGAUCCUGUUCCCGCUGAGCUACAUCGGCUUCAACAUCUUCUACUGGGUGUACUACUCUGUGGCUGACCAGCACCACUAAGGGCAGUGUUCAUACACUCCCAAAGCAUGUCGGCAGAAUGUACUGUGCCUGUAUGAGACCUGGAUUUUUCACAGUUUUUGUUGA